ACUAACAAACUCAACCGGAGCGCAACAACACCCCCAGGAACAUUUACAUAUACACUCCUGAGCGCAGAGAUGGCACCCAAGAAGAACAAGAGAACCGCCGACUCCAUCAACUCGCGCCUGGCGCUUGUGAUGAAGUCCGGAAAGGUCACCCUCGGUUACAAGUCGACCCUCAAGAGCCUGCGUACCGGCAAGGCCAAGCUCGUCAUCAUUGCUGGCAACACUCCUCCUCUGAGGAAGUCUGAGCUCGAGUACUACGCCAUGCUUUCCAAGACCUCUGUCCACCACUUCUCCGGCAACAACAUUGAGCUGGGUACCGCCUGCGGUAAGCUCUUCCGCUGCUCCACCAUGGCCAUCAUCGAUGCUGGUGACUCGGAUAUCCUGACCACAAGCACCGAGUAGAAAGAUGCAUACAGGGCAAAAAGGCAGAUAGACAUGAUACCACGCACGGCAUUCUUGCCGAUGACGAUCUUCAAUGAAUGACAAAAAUGAAGCAUCAAGUUCUUUGCCUA